GGCGCGGGGCGGGCGGAGCCGCGGGGUCCCGGUGCUCCGGGGUCCCGGUGGCACGGGAGGGGCCAUGCGGUGCGUCCUGAUCGCCAGCAGCGCCGCCGAGCUGCUCUUCUACUGGGCUGAUGCCGCCUUCCUCCGCCGGCUCCGGCCGCCCGCCGCUGCCGCCGUGCAGGGCCCGGCGGUGGAGGAUAGCCUGAACACGCUGUUCGCGCCCCUCAUCAUCUCCUGCACGGCGCUGCUGGAGAAGCUGUCGGACACCUACACCUGCUUCAGGGCCGAGCACGGGAGGCACCUCCACGUCCUGCACAUGUUUGGGGACUGCUUGUACAUCGCAGUCAACGGCGACGGGACGGAGAGCGAGGACGACCUGCGCAGGACGCUCUUCGUGCUGCGGCGCCUGGUGGAGGCUCACUGCGGCCUCGUCACGCUUGACUCCCACCUCAUCCGCAAGGAGUUGCGGCCGGCCGAUUCGGAGCAGCGGGAGCGCGUCUGGAGCCUGCUGCGGGGCCUGCUGGAGACCUACCUCCGCCUGCGAGAGGAGGACCAGAGCUUUGCCGUGGAGGCCGUGGAGCGGCUGAUCCACCCCCAGCUCUGUGAGCAGUGCAUCGAGUUCCUGGAGAGGCAGGUGGUGCAGUACAUCAACGCCAGCCCUGAGCGUGGCGGGGACGAGGUGGGACAUGCCUUCCUCCUGGUGCACACCAAGCUGCUGGCCUUCUACUCCAGCCGCAACGCCAGCUCCAUCCGCCCCGCCGACCUGCUCAUCCUCAUCCUCCUGGUGCAGGACCUGUACCCCAGCCAGAGCGCCGAGGAGGAGCUCAGCCCCCAGAAGUCUGAAGCAGGGAAGGUGUUGCCUCAAGGACCCAAGAGAAGCGAGAGCAUCCCGGUGAGCAGCCCCAGCUCCCAUGGAGGUGCGGAGAAGGAGUCAGACGAUCAGGACACAGACGAUCUCUCCACGCCCGAGGUUUACUACACGCCCCAGCCCUCGCCGGGCAGACACAGCACGGGCAGUGAGAGCUGGUCCGAGAGCCCUGAGCUGGCGGCUGCUGGGGAUGCAGACUCUGCGGAUGUCCAGGUGGCGGAGGACCUGCUCCAGACCUUGGAGCCCCUGGUCCCUGAGGCUUCAAACCCCAGGAGGAUCUUCCUGGAUGCCAACCUGCGGGAAGGCUACUGCCCCUUGCUGCCCCACACCAUGCACUGCCUCCCGCUCUGGCCGGGCAUCUCCCUCGUGCUCCUGACCAAGGGCCCUACGACCCACGCGGCCGUCACCUUGCACCAGCUGCUGGAUGGGUUCUUGCUGCUGGAGAAGAAGCUGGAAGAGGGGCAGGAGGUGGGAGCCCCCCGCAGCUUUCCCUUCCUGGCCGAGCUGCGGCAGCGCAUGGACAAGUUUGUGAAGAAGCUGAGCGGGCAGGACGUCCAGUUGCAGAACGCCUGGGUGGAGUUCAAGAACAAGAUAUUCUCCCGCAGCGAGCCUGGGAGCAGCCUGGAGCUGCUGCAGGCUCUGGGCACGGUGAAGCGGCAGCUCUGCUCCGUGUACCGCCAGCUCUUCCUCAGCUCUGCCAGCCCGAGCCUGUCGCAGGGCCUGCGGGACCGUGCCCAGAAGCUGAUGAGGGAGAAGCUGCUGGACUGGCGGGACUUCCUGCUGGUGAAGAGCAGGCGCAACAUCACCAUGGUGUCGUACCUGGAGGACUUCCCUGGCCUGGUGCACUUCAUCUACGUCGACCGCACGGCUGGGCAGAUGAUGGCUCCGUCGCUCAGCGUGGCGGAGAAGUCCAGCUCGGAGCUGGGCAAGGGGCCUCUGGCCGAGUUCGUCAAGAGCAAGGUCUGGUCCCUGGUCGCGCUGGCCCGGCGGUACCUGCAGAAGGGCUACACGACUCUGAUGCUGCAGGACGGCGACUACUGCUGCUCCUACUUCCUCUGGUUCGAGAACGAGCUGGGCUACAAGCUGGAGGUGAUGGAGGUGCCCGUCCUCUCCGACGACUCUGCUCCCAUCGGGAUGCUGGCAGGAGACUACUACAGGAAGCUGCUGCGCUACUACAGCAAGAACCACCAGGCAGAGGUGGUGAAGUGCUACGAGCUGCUGACCGUGCACCUGGGCAUCAUCCCCUCCGAGCUGGUGGUCCAGCAGGCCUGCGACUUGGCCCGGCGCCUCUGGGAGCCUUCCCGCAUCCCCCUGCUCUGAGCCGCCCCCGGGGCCGGCAUUAAAGCAGGGUGCGGAUGUC